AUGUGGAAGAGAUGUAAGGGAAAGAUUGAUAGACUUCAUCGUCCAAUCAAGGCCUUUUGGAUCAUUGGCAUGAUAUUGUCAGGCGCCACACUUGGCUACUUUGUAACAUUCUGGUACUUUGCUUAUCAAGAUUCAAAGUACUGCUAUUCAUUGAAGAAUCCAGCGAAUGAUUGCUACUUCUGGAUGAAGAAUGAGCCAGAGACAUUCUUACCUGCCGAUGGAUAUUGGGUACAACUCACUGUUGGCCUCCUGUCAAUCAUCUUCUGUUGGAUGCCAUGGUAUAGUACCAACCCUAUCAGACACAUGGAAGACGAACAAGAGGCUGCCAAGAAAGUAAUCGACGACCAAGCCAGAAUUCAAAAGAUGGAGGAGAAAAAGAAGAAGAUGGCUGCAAGGAGAGAGGCAGAGUUAGAGCGCAGAGCCAAGUGGAUUGCAUACUACCAGACUCACCCGAAUGCUCGGUUCAGUGACUCUCCAUCAUCCGACUUUACAUUUGACAGCAACAUUGGAAUAGACACUGGAUACUCUGGAGGAUGUCAUUUCUCUGGUGGUGGAGAUGGAGGUGGAUACUCGGGAGGAGGUGACUGCGGUGGUGGCGGUGGUGGAGACUGCGGAGGUGGAGGUGGUGGAUGUGACUAA